AGGUGGCGCAUUGGCGGCGACGGGCAACGGCGCUGCACGCGGUGCUCUAGCGCGCCUACGCGGUCCCCGCCGGAGUCGCGGCGUCCCUCCGUGCGGCCCUCACCUUUCUUCCUGUCCUCGCAUCGCUCCGGCCCCAGGAUGGGCGCGCGCGCCUCGGGCUGGCCCCGGGCCCGGGCCGGGCUGUUGCUACUGCUGCCGCUGCUGCUCGGGAUGCUGGCCCCGGGCGCGCAGGGGGCGAGGGGCCGCGGCGGCACGGAGAAGAACAGCUACCGCCGCACCGUCAACACCUUCUCUCAGAGCGUCAGCAGCCUGUUCGGCGAGGACAAUGUGCGCGUUGCUCAGAAGUUCUUGACCAGGCUGACCGAGAGGUUCGUGCUGGGUGUGGAUAUAUUUUUGGACACCGUGUGGAAAGUGUGGACAGAGAUCUUGGAUGUUUUGGGACUUGACGUCUCGAACAUGUCGCAGUAUUUCAACCCCGCCUCGGUGGCCAGCAGCCCCGCCCGCGCCAUCAUUCUGGUCGGCGUCAUCCUCCUGGCCUACUGGUUCCUGUCCCUGACCUUGGGCUUCACCUUCAGCGUCCUGCACGCCGUGUUCGGCCGCUUCUUCUGGAUCGUGCGCGUCCUCCUGUUCUCCAUGUCCUGCGUGUACAUCCUGCACAAGUACGAGGGGGAGCCGGAGGGCGCGGUGCUGCCGCUGUGCUUCGUGGUGGCCGUCUACUUCAUGACCGGGCCCGUGGGCUGCUACUGGCGGGGCGGCCCCGGCGGCCCCAGCGUGGAGGAGAAGCUGGAGCACCUGGAGAACCAGGUCCGGGUCCUCAACAUCCGCCUCAGCCGCGUGCUGGAGAGUCUCGACCGCGCCAACAGCAAGUGACAACCAGCCAGCCGGCCGGGUCCCCUCGCCCCGGCGCCCCCUCUCCGGAAACAGAAGAAGAGGAGGAAGAAAAGGACGGCGAACCCCAAACAAUCUUAAUAAACGUUCCUGGGCAAGAGAGAGGGGCGCUCUGUGAGGGUGUUUCCGGCCACGCGCGGACUCUCAGGACGCAUUCCGAGAGCGAGGACCCGCUCCGCGACGUGGAGCCACCUGCCAGGUGUUGUGAGUGGGAGAGAUAUUUUUUACACAAAGGAGAUAACCCUAUUAGCUGUACAGUCAGAGAAGUUUAUCUGCAUAGAGCAUAAAGUUAAUUUUUUCAAGCAUUUAAAUACAUCUUUUGUAAGGUUUUUUAAUAAAGGCAGACCUGAGUCGAGUUUCUUAAACCUUUACGUAGAGGGGGAAGGACGUGCUGAUUCGACGCUUUAGUGGAGUUACGUGUCUGUGUCCGCGGGGGGGGGGGUGUCGGGGGCAGGGUCCGUGUGCAUCGUCUUCACGUCCCUGCAAGGUGAGUGCGUGUGUCAAUGUUAUUUUGGGCUGAUGGCGACCGAGCGGAUGAACGCUGUCGCUUCUGAGUGUAGGCAGCUGGGCUGCAGGAUGAAACCGAGCGUCUCUCGGGGCGUAGGGACCCCGGCCAGGCCCCCACCGAUGACGUUUCCAAGGGAAGAAAUCCUUAUUUGUAGAAAUCUUGCUAAGGGUUCCCCGUCCCCUUCUGUGCUUGGCUGCAUGGUAAGCUCCACCUGUGAUAAAGGAAGAACUCCAGGGCCGGGAAAAGAAACGUCCUCAGGCGUGAUGUCCCGGGGAUCUCGCGGCUGCGCUCGCCUCGCCGCCUGCCGCCUGGGUCUGUGUGGGGAGGACUUGUUGGGGCUCUCCGGGGCUCUUUUGCUUAGUUGCUGCCUUUCGGCGUCGGGUGGCUCAGGACCUUGGAGGGAAGACGAACCGGGGCGGGUGAUAACACUUGCAGGCCCAGCGCGGCUUACAGAGCAUCUCAGGAACUAGAAGCAGCAGAUGCAAGCCUGGGAGGAGAUGUGAAUUGUUUCUCCUGAAAUGUUUACGAUACACCUGCUAGGGGCUUUCUGUCGGGGGUCUGUGGUGUCCGUGUCGUUUGCGGUGGUCUCCAGGGGGCAGAGAGAGGUCCAAGCAGGGCAGACAGCUGCGGGCACCUGCGUGGUGGGGGCGGGGGUGGGUGGGUUGGACGGCUGGGAUCAGGGGCUGGUGGAAGUGCCCCCCCUGAGGACCCCCAGGCGUAUUGGCAUGCCCCAGAAAACAGGACACGGAAAGGAAGCCCAGCUGUUGCUGAACAUAGUUUUGAAGGCUGCUGGGGAUCCCCAGGGUCUCUGCAGCCCUCCCUGGCGCACCCCCGAGUCCCGGCAGCCCCUGCCCGAGCCCCCUCCCUGUCUGAUCAGGCAGAACCAAGGCCUUGUGGUCCACGCUGCAGAUAACUCAGCCCCUGCCAGCUCCAGUGCGGUGCUCCUGUGAGGUUUUAGCUGGAAAACGGAAGCAGGGGUUUCUGAGGGAUAGUUAGGAAACGUCUCUUUUUAAGGUGCACAGCAAGGGUCCAGCACUCCUGCAUUGGUCUCGCUCCUCGGGUUUGCCGGGGCAGGUGUGUGUCCCUGGGCACUUGCAGCCUGGGCUUUCCAGCUGCGGCUGCCCAGCCACUUUUGCCAUUGAGAUACUUGUCGGUGGACGUGUUCUAGCACUGAGUACAGACGACUCCCAGGGGGAAGGGGGGCGCCCGGGUCCUCCCGUUUCUGUGUGUGCAUUCAGCUUGCUUAGGUACAAAACAUGGCUUUGUGUAUGCUGACUGGGGGACAUUGGCACGUUCUGCACAGAACUUUUAAAGAUAUUAUUCAUUUAUUUUUUGAGCAAGUGGAAGUGGGGGAGAGAGAGAGGGAGAGAAAUAUCAACAUGUGGUUGCCUCUUGCACGCCCCCUACUGGGGACCUGGCCUGCAACCCAGGCAUGUGCCCUGACUGGGAAUCGAACCAGUGACAGUUUGAUUCGCAGGCCUGUGCUUAGUCCACUGAGCUACACCAGCCAGGUCUGCAGAAAACUUUUAAGUCUUAAACUCUCUCUGGCCUGGGUGUAAUGGUCACUCCAUUCCCCGUCCCGCCCUCGCACCUGAACCCUGAAGGGCCCUGUGCUGGCCUCAGGUCCCGGUAAGAAAGCCGUUUUAGCUCUCAGAAAACCGAGGGAGCCCCCCCACCCCCCAGCCAGCCACCAGCAUAACUGAAGAUCGCGGCUGAGACUUCGUACCCUUCCUACCCCGCGGGCACUGGGUGGGGUCUGAAGGCCCUUUUACAGUCUGAUGUGCUCCAGGGACGGGUGUCUGUCUGUCUUUGUCACGAGGGAGCCUCGCUUCAGUAGGGGGUCACUUCAGGGUAGGGCCUCGUCUGAGAGUCCGAUGGAAAUCCUCCAUGGUAGGGCUGAGGACUCUUGCUUUUUAAUGCAGAAACUUGACUUCUGUUUGGGCAUAUUCUUAACCCCCAGAGAGCUGGGUUUUAUUUUUCUUUCUCCAUUCCAUGGAAGCAUAUAGGGUAUUUGGCCUUCCCCGCCACACACUCCUCUUUCUUUUUUCCUCUCUUUUGUACGUGGAGAAAUGUAUUUUUGUACCAUGAUCUCAUACCUUGAAGAGACCCUUUUUAUAUCUUCAGGGCUGUGGGAUGUAUCAGUGCAACACUCCAGUUCAUGUGGUGUAGAAACAUCCCGGCGAGAUGACCGCGGAUCUGUCCCAAGUGAGACUCAGUUUUCUAAACCAUCAGUGUUAAUUUCCCGAUACUUCAGCAUCACAGUAAACACCAAGAACAGAAUCUAGUCCAGAAAAGGAAAGGACCAACUGUCUCCCAAUCGCUGGAUUUGUGUGGAUGUUUGGGGACCGAUGUUUAGAAUGUUGUCUUACCUGACACUCGAGAAAAAGAUGCUUUCGGGGCACAGAGCCUUCCCUAAUCCCUUAAAUACAUUUCCUGACACCAGUCAGCAUUCCCGGCCUCCUGGGGUCUCUGCUUCGUGUUUCAGGGGUACCCCGUGUCAUUUCCAGGAAGGAACGUGCAGCAACAGAACUUGAAAGCUUGUCCUGUGAAUUGUGCCAGGGUCUUAAUUUAUAAAGGUGACCACACCAGGUCACAAAGGGGUUAAUGCCGUUGAAAGGUUUUUAAUCCUCAGGUCCCUGAGGGCACAGCACGCCACGCAGGGCCACACACAGCCUGUCCCAGGCGGGGUGGGCAGGGAGAGGACCCCCGGGGGCUGCGCUGGCAUCCACUGCUGGGUGCGCGUGUGGGUCAGGGUGUGUGUUUGGGAGGGUCACGACUUUUGGGCACCCACCAGGGCUGGCUUCAGGGGACCGCAGGGACUUUGGCUGUUCAUCUGUCUCUGAUUCAGCAGCCUUACCGAGAGAUUAGGAGUGACGUGUCAGACAGCCAACACAGACUCUAAAAAUCCUACAUGGCUUCAUUCCAUGCUGCCUGCUGCUUAAGAUGCUUUUGAUGAAUGACAUCCAUCUGCCUUAGGGGUUGGUGCCCGCCGCCUUCGUCCUGCUGGGGUUGGAAGUGGCCGACUCAAUCAGAAACGCAGCCCUCGGCCGCCCGGCUGUCACCCGCCCCCACUUUAUUAUUAUUAUUAUUUUUUACGAUCACUAUUCUGCAGAGUUUUUGUUUAUGGCCGUCUGAGCAGUUGGACUUUUGCCCCUCACCUGUGAAUAAUGGAAUUAUGUAUCUUUUGCAGGAUCUAACGCAGUACCUUUAAAGUUAGUGUCAGGCACCCAUCGGUACGAUGUACAAUAUCUGAGACAGACAGGCUUUGGUCCUCAUUCGAACUCUGCCCUCUUCUCUUCUGUGAUGGCUUGCCGUGGGGCAGGUGCAGCAGGACCAGAUUUCCCCCUGUGCCGGCAUCUAAGCUGAUUGUCACUUGCGUCACGUACUGAACACCUGUGGCAGCUAGGGACGUUCGUGACCAUAUGUUCCAAUGUCUUUUUGCAGAUUUAAAGGUUUUAGUGUUAAUUGAAUAUCUGCAUGUGUGUGGAACCUCUGAGUACUGUAAAUUAAAUUGAUUCCUUGUGACAGUGACAGUCAGUGACCGACGCUCAGCUCAAAGUCGCUGAAGCAAUCGCCCUCCUCCUCACCGGAAGUCGUACGUGUGAGGUCCGGCGCCCAUUGUCAGCAGUGCACUCACGAUUCGGUUCUGAUUCUGUGUACCUGGUUAUGAAUCGGAUAUAGCAUUUAAUUUGACGCUUCACAUAAAUCCGUCCGAUCUGAACACAGUGGUGUGUGUGUGUGUAUACAUGCGUGGUGUGCACAGUUCAGCCCCAUGAGCUUUGAGAAACUGAUUCUACAAAUAUCGUGUAUAGACAUAAAUGUAUAAGGCUUAUUUUUUUAAUUUAAUCUUUUUUUUUGGCAAAGCGAUACAUUCCUGUUAUUUAUUGAAUAACUGGCUUUGGUGAUAAUGUAGAGAUCUUUGUAGACUGAUUUCAGAACAGAAUUAAAAUACUGUGAAAAUUACAGCUCAAUAAAUGUUUAUUGUAA